AUGAAACACCAAUGCCUCAUCACCCUGGGAGUAAAGGAGGGAGACAGAGAUGAGGCCCAACCUCCAGUAUCAGCUCCACAGAGGACGGAAGUAGCUGAGAAAACAGAUGUUUCUUUAAGUUCAAAAAGACAGAAUAUGUGUCUUCCAGAGUCAGAUGCUUCUCAAGAGAAGAUUUGCAAGGAACAGGAUCUGCUGAAAGAAGGAAGUAAUUCAAGGACACUGGUGGAGCCUGCUUUGUACUCCAUUACGGAAACCCCUCAUUUGGAAAAUACCAUUCCAAAUCAACUGGGAAGAGAUGGCUUAAGAGAAACUGAUACCUUGCAAGGUUCAAAAGGACAGACGUUUCUUUGUGCGAAUGCAGAAGCCCAGCAAUAUACGCCUGCAGUGGAGAUCGGAGACGUGAAACCAGAUCCCAUUCUGGAACGUCUCCUGAAUUCAGCAUCUUGCCCCAGUGGGGAACUUAUUCAUGUGAGAGAGGCAGGAAAUGCAACAGGGAAAGAAAGUGUUAGCAUCCCUGUUGUUUCAGACGUCAAUCUAUGGGAAACCGAGAUGCCAAAGUUAACGAACCUUCUAUUAACAUCAAAUGAAUGGAAAAUAAACUGUUCCGAGAAAGGAAGGACAGAGCAGCAAAACAGUUCUAACCAGAGGAAGGGAAAUCUUCUGGAAUUCAUUUCCUCUUGCAUAUUGCAUCAACUCCAUAUUGAAAGGCGAAAGAAAGAAGUCUCAGCCAAAGGAAUGAGUUCAGCAGUUUUGAGUCCAGUGGUCCAGAAAGCAUCAAACGCAGUAGAUAUUCCAGUGGAUCAACCUCCGUGCUCAGGAAGAAAAGAACAUCAACAGGAAAGUACAUGCAAGGCUCUCCCAACAUCUCUUUCUCAUUCUAUGAUGGAUAUAUUUCAGAUUAAAUUGCCAGGGGUAAUGAAAGCAGCAAGGGAAGUAGAUAGUCCAAGACACCACAAUUCAAAUACAGAAGGAAUUGGCUUGCCUGUUGCAGAAUCAGAAGAGCAACCAGAAUGUGUACAACGUAUUUGGCCAAAUCUUGCUUCUGAUCCUUCAAAAGAUAUAUUAUUUCAAAGUAAGAUGCCGUCUGAAAAGACAGCAUUGGAAGAAGUAGUUAGCACUGUGGAGUAUACUCCAAGUACAGAAGGACUUGGUUCACAUAUUACAGGAAAAGGAGACCAGCAAGAGAAAGGGAUGUCUGAGACCCUUCAAAAGUCCACAUCUCACUCCCAAACAGGUCUCCACCAAACUAAUAUCUCAGUGCAAGAGGUAAAGUUUGAUGACACAAGUAAGAUGCAUUCCGAAUAUUCAACUCCACAGGCUAAGGAAGCAUUAAAAGGAAUGGAUGUUAUUGUUGGAUAUACACAAAAAAGUGAAAAAGGACAAAACUUACCCCGCGUGGAACAAAAGCAGCAGCACCUACUGAUUCCCUCUGAGAAUUUUCCCUCCCUGAGAAUUCCCUCUGAGCUUACAUCUUACCCUCAAAACAGUCCCUGGCUCCUGCCACAUUUAACACCUCAGACGAAGGAAGCAUUAUCAAAAGUAGGUAAUGUGUCGAGCAGGACAAAAGGAUUAGACUUGAUUUCUAAAGAACAACCAAAUACUCAACGUGAGUGUGGCCUGGAAUGGACUGUACCCUCAGCUCCUCCAACGCAAAUGACAAGACAAAAUACAAGGCCACCUUUAGAAUCAUCCAGUGAAACUACAAAAUAUCAGAAUGUCUCGUUGCUGAAAGGAAAGAAAUUAUCGGAUGGGGAGCAGGUAAUUGAUUCAAUAACAAAUGUUAGAUCCCCCAAGCUAAGUGUUAGAAAGAAGGUCCACUUAUGUAAAGCAUGUCAAAAAAAAGUACAAAAAGAGCUGUGUCUUCCUGGAUUUUUUUCACAUUCUCUUUCUAUCCAUAUGCCUCCUUUGCCUGAAAAUAAAAGACAGAAGAAUGACCUAAAACAAGGAGUUGAGAAAGACAUAGUACACACCCAAAGGACUUUGGAGAAAUUGAUAUUUUCAAACAUAUUUAAUACCACUGACUAUGGUGGCCCAAGCAACAGAUCAGAACUGCAGAGGAAGAUAAAAGAGGAAGUGGUAAAUUGGAAACAUACAAAGGUUAAACCUGAUUUGGUUGUGACAGAUGUAUAUGAGUCCAUCCCUUCUCUCAAACUAAAUAUAAAGACAUCUGAUGAGAUUAUCUCAAAUAACGUAAAACGAAUUAAACCACUUAUAUCGCAGAGAAAGGAGAAGAUUAGAAUAAAAGGAGUCAAUGUGAAAGGAACAAUGGAUCCCAACAUUACCUUGAAGGCAAAGAAACCAUCACGAUCACACAUGCUCAGUGAAAAGGAAUUGUCAGGGCAGUUGAACAUUAUAAAAGAAGAGAGUGAGGGGCAGACAGGCAAAGGUACAUUAGGUGUGAAACUGACAAACCUGUUUGCUUCUGUACCAUCUCUGUCAACUCUUGAUUUGAUUUCAAGAACAAAAGGAGGAGGAGAUAUGUCAAGAAUACCACAGAACUGCCUUCCACCACUAAAGCUCCAGGCAACAUCAAAUAUCAGGAAAGCGUCAUUUGCAGAGUCAAUUAGUAGAGAGAGUUUAAGCAACAUAAUAGGAUCAAAACAUUUCCCACAGAAAAAGAGGGAAGAUGAAGACGAUACAGUGUAUGUGAAAGAUAAAAGGGGCUGCAAAAGGGCCACUUUUAAAAGAAAGAAAAAACUUUUUAAACACACACUGCAUGGAAAUGAACUGCAGUGGAACAAUAAAGAGCAAGAGAAAAUGAUGCAGGAAGAUGAAAGUGAUGGAAAUGUAGUUCUGAAUAAGCCCCAUGCCUCCAUUCCAUCUUCUUCUCACCUGGAGCAGGGUCCUAGAGUAAAAGAAGCGGCAUCACAAACAAUAUCAUGGUUCUGCCCUCCAUCACUGACCCUCCAGGAACUGUCAGAUGCAGUGAUAACAUAUAAGGAGCCAGCUGAUGAUAAUUUAAGCAAUAUAGCAAGAUCAAAAUAUAUGUCACAGAAAAACAAAAACAAAGUGGACCUGGCUUUGAAAGAGAUAAGGCAUCCCCAAAGAAUGCCUCUGGAGGUGAACCAGUCUCCAGUUGCCCAGGAAUUGCAGUUGAACAUCAAAGAAAAAGAGGAAAAGAUAAAGCAAGAUAAAGGUAAACAGGUUGGGAUUCAGAGACAGUCUUGUGUUUCCAUCUCUUCUCCACCUUACUCUGAAGUGGACACGAGAAGGGAAGGAAAAGCAGUCAUGCUAAGAAAAACAAAAUCCUGUUUUCUACAACCCAAACUCCAGGAGUCAUCAGAUAUGGGAAACAUAGCAUAUGAAAAGUCUGUUUCUGAUGAUAUCUCAAACAGUGUAAAAAAAGCUGAAGAACAUGCAAUACAGGAAGAAGAGGAAGGAGUUAACAUGGAAAAAGUCCUCCUUUUGACGAAAAAGAAUUCACCACUUUCACAGGAAGUCCAGUUGGAGGUGGAAGAGCAAAAGAAAAAGAUACAAAGAAUUCAAGGUGAACCAAGUGUGAUUUUGAUCUGUACUUCCAGACCUGCCACUUCUUUUGACUCGAAUACAAGAAUGAUAGAAGCAAAUGACAGAGCUAAAGUAACAAGAUACUCUUGUUCAGGACUACACCACCAGAUAUCAUCAGAUGUAGUGAAAAAAGCAAAUCAAGAGUCAACUGAAAGAGGUAUCAUAAGCGAUGUACAAGCAGCAAAUGAAUUUAUGCCCCAGAAAGGAGAGGAUCAAGGAGAAACAGCCAAUAUGAAUUGUAUGAAGUACUCCAAAGAGACAAGUUCCAAAGCAAAGGAGUUCCCACUUCCACACGUCCCCAGUAACCCUGGGAGCCACAGCCCCCAGACUAGAGAUGAACCAGCAAACAGAAGGGAAAACCUGGGACAUGCACAGGAAAGAAAGUGUGAACUAGAUGAAGUUCUGACAGGACUUUGUCUGCCUCCGUUUACAUUAAACAAAGGCGAGGAAGAGAAGCAAGGAGCUCUCACAUCCUGUCUUCCACCAUUGUGGCGCAGGAAGUCAUCAGAUGCACAGGAGUUAAAAAAUACAGUGUCACCUCUGAGCGAGAUCUCAGGCGAUUCAAAAAGAACAAAAUACGUGACGCAGGAAGAAAAGGAUAUAGCAAAUAUUUUUGUGAGAGACCCAGUGCAUCCCAAGUCCUUAGCUUUGAAGGUAAGGAAAUCCCCGCUUUUCCAUAUGCUCGAGGCAAAGAAACUGCAGGUGAACAUUAAGGAGCAAGUGAAAAGGGAGCAGAAAGGGAGAAGGGACACAGUUGUGAUUCUGAGCAAAAUCUGCCCUUUUGUCACUUCUUCAACGCAUCUUAAAUCUGACACAAUAAAAGAAGACAGAGGUGGUCCGGGAGUCCUAAGGCAUUCUGUGCCACAUCUCAAGAUCCAAGCCUCAUGGCCUUCAGUACAGAGAGCGCCUCCAAAGUCAACUGAUAGAAAGAAAGAAAAACAAUAUCCGCCACCAAAAGAAAGGGACAGAGCACACACAACAGUUGUGAGAGGCUCCGUGCAUGCCAGUGGCUCAGAUUUCAAGGCAAAGACAUCACGCCCGCCUCGUGUGUUUGGUAUUGCUGAGCACGCUGCUCUGAGCAGGAGAAAGGAAGCGCAGCCAAGCGCGGAGGGGAGCGCAGAACAGGGGCAGGGGGGAACUGGAGACCCUGGUGUGACUCCAACAAAAACCCCCCCUGCCUUGCCUUCUCCAUCAGACCACAGACUGGAUGCAGGGAUCAAAGAAGACAAACACCUGCCUGCAGUCACGGGAUUCUCUCCACCAUUUCAGCUCCUUGAGUCAUCAGGUGCAGGGAAAAUCAGAUAUGCAGAUUUCAGUCAAGGUAUUAGCUCGUGUAAUAUAACAGUAAGAACUAACGGACGUGUGUCAUAUAAAGAGACAGAGAUCAGAGUAAAAAGAAAAGACGAGAAAGAUAGAACACAUCCCAAAAUCACAGCUGUGGAAGCCCACACAUCCCCACUUACACAUUUACUCAGUAGAAACAGACUGCCUUUGAAUGUCGAAGAGCAAGGGAAGGAAGUGCAGGACGGCAGUGGAAUGGUUCUGAGGGAAACUCGUGCCUCCUUACCUUCUCCAUCUUACCUAAGACAGGAUGCUAGCAGGAAUGAAAAGAAAGAUACAGAAAGAAUAACGCAAUCCUGUUUUCCACCGCUGAAGAUUUAUGAUCCACUCAAUCUAAACUCAAAAGCAGAUGCUAAGUCAUUUGAUGGUCAUUUGUUAAAAAACAAAGCUAGACUCAAAACAGAUAAUGAAGACAGAGUGCUUCCAAUAUCUGUGCAUCAGAAGGCAAAGGAAUUACCACUUUCACAUAGAUGUGAUGUCAAAGAAUCACAGUGCAAAAUUAAAAAGCAAAAGAAAAUGGUACAGAGAGAGGACAGUGAACUAGUUACAAGAUUGAGAAACAUCUGUACUUCUUUACUGACUCUACCAUAUCUUAAAUCUGAUAAACCAGAAGGAGAGAGGUACAUGAUAAGAAUCACAAAAUUGCCUCCCCCACAAGCAGAGUCCAAGGAAUCGUCACAAUAUGCUGACACCAAUGAGGGGGAACUUUCAAAAGAUGUAAAAAUAUUAAAAGAACACAUGCUGCAGAAAGAAGAGAGGGAGAGAAAGGAAAAUGUGGAUAUGAAUAGUAGAGUGGACCCCCAUAACAUGGAUUUGAAAGCAAAGGAAUCACCUUUUGUACUUACACACAAUCUAACUGACCAAUCUAUAAGAGAAGAGGGCAUGUCAGUGCUACCAAGAUCCUCUUUUCCCCCAGUAAACUUCCAGAAAUCAUCAAGUUCUGAGGAAGUGGUACAUGUAGAGUCAAUGGCGAGAGAUACUGUCAUCAGUCCCUCCAGAGAAAAAUAUUUGCCCCAGAACAAGAAAGAGGACGGAGUAGAAAGAAGAAACUUUGUAUCUCCCAAACAUCAAGGAAAGGAGAUGCAGGAAAGUAAAGAUGAACCAGUUGGAUAA